CAGAGUCGGACGGUCCAUCCAAGGCAUCCAUAGGAUUACCCCAGGUCCCAGUUUCUCCGACCGCGCUAAUCGGGGGGCGAUCGACAACCAGUGGUUCUGCUGUGUCAUCCGCCCGUACGCCGUAACAUUACCGUAUCCCGGUUGCAUCAUCACCUGCUGCCCUUGCCUCUUGCGACCCAGGUACUUCAAUACAAGACCGUCUUUCAUCCGCCGUCCUUCUCCUCUCCAGCUCCAACCUCCUCCUCUUCCCUCCCUCCCUCCCCAUCGCUGCCUGUCCUAUUUCUAUCGUUCCAUCGUCCAUCUCUUUCCUCCUUCCUUCACAAUCACUCCCUUCCACACCCUCUUUCUAUCGGGCUGCUGCGGGUUUUAUCAUAGCUAUCCAUCAUGAAGGGCAUCCUCGGCCUUUCCUUGCUCCCGUUGCUGGCGGUUGCGUCACCCGUCUUCGUUGACUCCAUCCACAAUGAAGCUGCCCCGAUCCUGUCUGCCUCCAACGCAAAGGAGAUCCCAGACUCUUACAUCGUUGUUUUCAAGAAGCACGUUUCGCUAGAGUCGGCCGCUGCUCAUCACACUUGGGUGCAGGACAUCCAUGACUCCCAGAGCGGGCGCGUUGAGCUCAAGAAGCGGUCGCUCUUCGGGUUCGGUGAGGACACCUACCUUGGUCUGAAGAACACCUUCGAUAUCGCUGGCUCUCUUGUCGGCUACACUGGACACUUCCAUGAGGAUGUGAUCGAGCAGGUCCGCAGACAUCCCGAUGUCGACUACAUCGAGAAGGACUCCGAAGUCCACACCAUGGGAGAAGCCACCGAGAAGAACGCCCCUUGGGGUCUGGCACGUAUCUCUCACCGGGACAGCCUUACGUUCGGUAACUUUAACAAAUACCUGUUUGCCUCGGAGGGUGGCGAGGGCGUUGAUGCCUACACCAUUGACACUGGUAUCAAUGUCGACCACGCUGAUUUCGAGGGCCGUGCUACCUGGGGCAAGACGAUCCCUACCAACGAUGAAGAUGCCGAUGGCAACGGCCACGGAACGCACUGCUCCGGAACCAUGGCCGGUAAGAAGUACGGUGUUGCUAAGAAGGCCAACCUCUAUGCCGUCAAGGUCUUGAGAUCGAGCGGCUCUGGCACCAUGUCCGAUGUCGUUCAGGGUGUUGAGUGGGCUGUCCAGGCCCAUCUUAAGAAGGCCAAGGAUGCUAAGGACGGUAAGGUCAAGGGAUUCAAGGGCAGUGUUGCCAACAUGAGUCUCGGUGGUGGCAAGUCCAAGACCCUUGAGGAUGCUGUCAACGCUGGUGUUGAGGCUGGUGUUCACUUCGCUGUUGCCGCUGGCAAUGACAACGCCGAUGCUUGCAACUACUCUCCCGCCGCUGCUGAGAACGCUAUCACCGUUGGCGCCUCGACUCUCUCCGAUGAGCGUGCCUACUUCUCCAACUACGGAAAGUGCACUGAUAUCUUUGCCCCUGGUCUUAACAUCCUCUCGACCUGGAUCGGCAGCGAGCACGCUACCAACGUCAUCUCCGGCACUUCCAUGGCUUCGCCUCACAUUGCUGGCCUGUUGGCCUACUUUGUUUCUCUCCAGCCUUCCAAGGACUCUGCCUACGCUGUUGGCGAGCUCACUCCUGCCAAGCUGAAGAAGGACAUCAUUGCCAUUGCGACCGAGGGUGCUCUUACUGACAUUCCUUACGACACUCCCAACCUCCUUGCCUGGAACGGUGGUGGCUCUGAGAACUACACCGACAUUGUCACCAGCGGUGGCUACAAGGUCGCCACCUCGGUUCAGGACCGCGUCGAGGGUCUGGUCCACAAGGCCGAGAAGAUGCUCACCGAGGAGCUGGGUGCCAUCUACAGCGAGAUCCAGGAUGCUGUUGUCGCAUAGAUCAGAGUUCAUGUUUCCCAGACGUAGAUUGGAAGACAUCCGGGUGCGGGAUGGUUGAUCGGACAUUUUGGCGCUGGUCUCUUCAUCAUGUUUGGUCUCUUCGAAGAGGCCGAUGCAUUGACUGCAUCGGCUGUAUCACCCCGACACUGCUUUUGCCUGCUUGGUUCAUUUUUAUGCUAGUAUACAUGUCUGCAAAGAAAGGGUUUGCGCUAUUUUAGAAUUGUUAUGGCUCUAACAAAUUGGCAAUCUUGAUUC